AUGAACCAAUACAACAGUACCUGGGUCACAGAAUUUCUGCUUCUGGGUCUUUCUGAUGACCCUCAGACUCAGCUGCUGCUCAUUAUAUUGUUCUUGGGGGCUUACUUAGGCACUGUGCUUGGGAGCUUACUCCUCAUCUACUUAUUUCUAGCUGACUCACAGCUUCAUACACCCACGUACUUUUUCCUUUGCAAUUUAUCUCUAGCUGACCUUGGUGUCUCUACUAUCAUAGUUCCACAAGCUGUAGUUCACAUGCUAACUAGAAGGAAGGUCAUUUCCUUUAUUGGAUGUGGAGCUCAGGUUUUUCUUUCCAUCAUUUCUGGAGCUACACAGUGUUCUUUGUUAGCUGUGAUGUCCUAUGAUUGGUACUUGGCAAUCUGUGACCCCAUGCAUUAUUCUUUCAUCAUGACAUGGAAGAUAUGUAGCCAAUUGGCAUUGGGGUGCUGGAUCUGUGGUAUUGUUGCAUCCUCAGUUGAUACCAUAUUCACACUAUGCCUGCCCUACCAAGGAGACAAUAAGAUUGCUCAUUUCUUUUGUGAUGCUCCAAUUCUCUUGACCCUGGCAUCUGGAGACUCUCAUAAAGCAGAGAUGGCCAUUUUCUCCAAGGGUGUAGUGAUUCUUCUUAUACCUGUGUCCUUGAUUCUGGUUUCCUAUGGCUUUAUCAUAGUGACUAUGGUCAGGAUGAAGACAACCUCAGGAAGACUCAAGGCUUUCUCUACCUGUGGCUCCCAUCUCCUUGUGGUCAUCCUUUUUUAUGGGACCCUAAUAAUUGCCUACAUGACACCUAAGUCCUUUAGGGAACAGAUCAAGUGA